AUGUGGCUCUCGUCGUUUGCUGCUGACGGUUCCCCGCAGCAGCAUGUGGUACGUGCGCAUGUUUGGAGCAUACACGAUCCAAUUUCGUCAUCUUACGCCGCUGCAGUUGACGAUAAUCUCACACUCGUAAUGACAUCUGAUGUUUCGCUGCUGCGCCGCCUGCGUAUUGUGCACAAUUCAUUUGUGACACUUCACUUCGAAGAGCGUAGCCAUAUUGCCAGACUAUGUCUGCUGCCAAAUUGCGAGAUUUCUCAAGCUAAUGAAGAACAGGUGAAUCCAGACACCGCAAAUUUCAGAGACCUGGUGCUGUCGCCACUUCUGGCAUUUAAUCUCGGAAUCAACGUGCAAUCUUCCGAUUUCAGUGGAUUGACAGUAUCGCUGUCCAUCCGCGCUGCGUCUCAACAGGAAUUAGGACUUGGAGUGCAACCAUUCCCUUCAUUUCGGCGUAAACUUCAAGAGUACCCUGCUAUAGCGUCGAACGCAAUUAUCUCCCCGCUUUUAAUCUCAAGUCUUUCGUGCCGUCAACACGCAUUGUUGAAACAGCGAGACGGACUGCUUCAUGCCAUUCGCGCUUAUUUUGCGAUCCCUAAAGUAAUGCAACUGGGGGAUGUUUUUGCCGUAGUUCUUCGAGAAACGACGCAGUCAGGUAUCACCAAUGAUAGCAAAUGGUACAAAAAACACUACGUGCCCUACAAAACUAUUGAAGUGCCUGCUGUUUGGAUGGCAACGCAAAGUGGUGAUGUCACUGAACCAGUGAUGGAACUGAUGCCACCAACUUUAGAUCUGGACACUUGCCUCAUGUUUUUUCGAGUUGAAAAAUUGGAAGGCGAGAGUAGAAACGCAAUGGCGCUGACAGUGUCUGACUCUACAAAACUUAUACAAGGUCCAUCAAUAUCUGCUUUGUCGCCCGAUGAAGCCACCAUAAAACAGUUUUGUAUGCAAAAUAAAUAUACUGGCUCCGCAUCAGCAUAUAAUUCGACAUUGCUGUCGAAUAUCGAGCAAGAGUUAUAUGAAAAGCUCUACCCUGCACAGGUGUGUGCGAUCCCGGUUUCAAUACUGUUAAGUGGUGCUCGAGGUGUCGGUAAGACAACUCUUGUUCACCAAAUGGCGAAAAGAUUGGGAGUUAUUGCUGUGGAAAUUCCGUUCACUGAACUCAAAGGGCAGUCUGACCUUCAUACGCUCGAAAAUAUGCGCGAACAAAUUUCAAAAGUGCAAUCGUUAUCACCGUGCAUUCUCUACAUCAGCCACUUCUUUCCAGUCGAGAAGGAUAAUGAGGAGGCUGAGCUGCGAAUUGGGGCUGUUCUAUCUGAGUGUAUUGGUACAUUAAGUAAAAGUCAGCACAAUAUACCUCUAAUUGCGUGCGUCGAAGACGUCGAUGAGGUGCCAAAAUUUAUUCGAGAAUGCUUUCUUUAUGAAAUGCACCUGGAGGCACCCGAUCAGCAUAAGCGUCUUGAAUUUUUACGGCAUAUUACAAAAUCUAUUGAGCUUCAUGAAGAUGUAGACUUGACCGAAAUCGCACAAAUGACUGCGGGUCGAACGUAUGGCGAUCUGACAGCAAUGUUAGCAGAUGCCGGAAGUCUUGCGAUUGAGCGAAUUCUUGGUGAUGACAAAGACACAUCAUUAUAUGAAUUAGUCUCAGCUAAGAACACAUCUGGAUUUCACGCAUACUUUGUAUCAGCGGAAGACAUGAAAAUAGCCGCCCAGACACAACAAGAUCAGGCUUCAUACACCAGUGUCAGUAAUGCGUCGAUUCCGAAUGUAAAGUGGACCGACGUUGGCGGUCUCGAAGACGUUAAAGAUGAAAUAUUAGAUGUGGUGCAGUUACCGAUUAAGCAUCCGGAGCUUUUUGCCAGUGGGGUUCGCCAGCGCUCUGGUAUUUUGCUUUACGGACCUCCCGGAACAGGUAAAACGCUUCUUGCCAAGGCCAUAGCAACGGAGUGCAACCUUAACUUUAUAAGUGUGAAGGGUCCUGAGUUGUUGAACAUGUACAUUGGUGAAAGUGAGAGGAAUGUUCGUCAGGUGUUUGCAAUGGCUCGGAACUGCCGGCCUUGCAUUUUAUUUUUUGAUGAGCUAGAUUCACUAGCACCGAUGCGCGGGCGUGGUUCUGACUCUGGCGGUGUCAUGGACCGUGUUGUUUCGCAGCUUUUAACCGAGAUUGAUGGUCUUGGCAAUGGUGGAAACGAUCAAGUAUUUGUAAUUGGAGCUACUAACCGCCCAGACCUGCUGGAAUCGGGCCUACUACGCCCUGGUCGCUUUGACCGAUUACUCUAUCUUGGCAUUUGCAGCGAUAAAUCAGCUCAGCUCAAGAUUUUAAAAGCACAGACCAGAAAGUUUACACUAACAAAUGAUACUGACUUCAAAGCUGUGGUGGAGCUAUGCCCUUCGAACUUUACUGGUGCUGAUUUAUAUGCACUCAGCUCCAGUGCGCUUGCGGCUGCACUUAAAGAUCGUGUCAAGGCUCUUGACCGGCAACUCGAGGAGAUCAACGCAGAAGAUUGCUAUUCUUUAAGCCCCAUGACAAUUCGUCGCUUGCUUAACCAAUUAACGCCUGAGGAGCUGCAGGUUCCUGUCAGUCAAAAGCAUUUUAUCUCAGCGCUUUCGCAAGUGGUUCCAUCUGUGUCGCCGACAGAGAUUGAGCACUAUGAGAACUUAAAAAGACAGUAUAGCUCCAGACAAAAGUAA